UAAGCGAGCAGCGCUGUCAACGGACUACUGUGACGCUUUUGUUGGAAAACGUGUUUAAAGCUUUAUUUAUUUUCCCACACUACGAGCCAUAAUUUAUGAACGGCUGCCGCGGACACCACUUUGAGGACCAGUGUGCUAGAUAUAUCCGAGUGGGUUAGAAUGGUGUUGCUGCAUAUAAAUGGCCUCUUCACAUACUGUUUACAGCACUGGCCGGAGGUAAACUACAGAAUACUGAGAUGUCACUUUAACAUAACAAAUCAUUUACGGGAGAGUAUGUCCCCCUUUAUUUUGUUCUUUACGAGCUACAAUAUGUAUAUUUGUAGUUACAUAAAGAGACAUUCAGUGUUGAGUCUACACGCCAACAUUUCGUAGUAUUAAAGUAUCUACAUACAAUUUUAGUGUUGACUACUCUCAUCAGCCACCUCAGUAUCAUAAAGAAUAUUUCAUAACACCCAUGCUCGCUCAAAUCCUAUAAAUAACAAUAUGAUAAUAUACUAAAAUCCCGAGAGCGCAUUUCCGCUCAGCACGGCCUUCAGACUUUCUCAUCCUCGAUACCCAGCACUGCACUUCCGGGUGUGGGCGCCUUCAUUGGACGUACGGGUAGUUUUGCUUGUGUAGUAAACCCAACAGAUAUUGUGUGUAAGCUAUGGGAGUGAAAGGAGACCGAGUUAGAUAAACCCAUAGAAAGACAAAGACUGGUGAAGUCCAUCUAUAUUGGACGAAAUUAACAUCUCUCAACGCAAUGUCUAAAAGAAAAACUAGAGGAGUCUGUGCUGAAGUGAAACGGCUUCAGGCCAGCUUGGUCGCGCCUGUCAAUUCCAUGUUGACACUGCUUUUAACUUCGUUUCUACUUCUAACUUCUCUCCUUUGGGUGGAUGGAGCUAGAAAGGAGCUGGAGUCGGAAGUAUUAGAAAACGACCAGGAGUUGGAAUCGCAGCUCAGCUCGGUAUUAUCAGACUAUGAUGUUCUCUCAUUGUCCAGUGUCCGCCAGCACUCUGUGAGAAAAAGAGACUUGCAGCCUGAGUCCCACAUGGAGCGGUUGCUGAGCUUCACAGCCCUGAACAGACAUUUCAAACUUUAUUUGACAUCAAGCCCCUACCAUUUUUCAGAAAACUUUACAGCAGUGGUGGUAGAUGAAAAUGGCAAAGAAGAAAUCUAUCCUGUCCAGUGGCAGAACUUCUUCACUGGACACGUUGUUGGGGAACAGGACUCUCGAGUGCAAGCGCACAUCGAUGAUACUGACUUCACAGCCCACAUUCUUACAGACGAAGGAGAGUAUAACAUAGAGCCUCUUUGGAGAUAUGUUAACUCAACACCUGAUGGCAGAAUGCUGGUGUACAAAUCAGAGGAUAUCCGAGACAUUGGCCGUCUGCAUUCCCCCAGUGUCUGUGGUUCUGUUAAAACAGAUGGAUUGCUGCCGGAGUGGUACAGGGAAGCAGAGGCAGACGGAAAAGAGCAUCUCCGCCGAGCGAAAAGGCAGAAAAGCACCCCUGAUCCCAAAAAGAAUACCUGUAAGCUGUUGGUGGUGGCAGACUACCGCUUCUUCAAAAACAUGGGGCGCAGCGAGGAGAGCACCACUAUCAACUACCUUAUUGAACUUAUUGAUCGAGUGGAUGACAUUUAUAGAAACACAACCUGGGACUAUAAUAUGCAAGGAUACGGUGUGCAAAUAGAACAGAUUAUUGUCAACAAAUUUCCCACUCAAACGGGCAAGAAGCAUUACAAUAUGAAUCUGAGCUAUCUGGGUGAACAGAAGGACGCAUGGGAUGUGAAGCAACUGUUGGAGCAAUUUAGUAUAGAUAUUGCAGACAAGGCCUCUAAUGUCUGCCUUGCCCAUCUGUUCACAUACCAAGAUUUUGACCAGGGAACCCUGGGACUGGCAUAUGUUGGGUCUCCGAAAACACAUGCACUUGGAGGCAUCUGUCCUAACGCGUAUAAUUUCAAAGCUUUGGGGAAAUCCAUCUACUUGAACACAGGCUUGACCAGCACCAAGAACUAUGGGAAAACCAUUCUUACCAAGGAAGCAGACUUGGUUACAACGCAUGAGCUGGGCCACAACUUCGGAGCUGAGCACGACCCUGAUAACCUCUUGCACUGUGCCCCCAGUGAUGACAACGGAGGGAAGUAUUUGAUGUACCCCAUCGCAGUCAGUGGAGAUCAUGAGAAUAACAAGAGAUUUUCUGAAUGCAGCAUUAAGUCAAUUGGCAAGACUCUGAGCAGCAAGGCUUCUGAUUGCUUCAAAGAGAGAAACAACAGAGUGUGUGGCAACUCUCGCGUGGACGAGGAAGAGGAAUGUGACCCAGGGAUCGUGCACUUGAAUGAUGACCCCUGCUGCACGUCCAGCUGCAAGUUCAAACCCAACGUGCAGUGCAGUGACAGAAACAGUCCCUGUUGCAAGGCGUGCAAGUUUGACCAAGCUGGAAAGGUUUGCCAAGAAGCCAUCAACGCCACCUGCAAAGGAGAAUCUGCUUGCACAGGCACAAGCAGUGAAUGUCCUCCUCCAGCUAAUGCAGCCGAUGACAUUACCUGUGUUGACAAGGGGAAGUGCCAGCGUGGGCAAUGCAUCCCGUUCUGUGAGGGGCUCAAGGGGCUCAAGUCGCUCAAGUCUUGUGCUUGUAAUGAGACGGAUAACUCUUGUAAAGUUUGCUGCCGAGAUGCAAAUGGAGUGUGCAAGCCUUAUGAAGAUACUGGACAGUUCUUGUUCCUGCGCAAAGGAAAGCCCUGCACUGUAGGAUUCUGUGACGGAAGCGGCAAAUGUAUGAAGCAAGUUCAAGAUGCCGUUGAGCGAUUUUGGGAUUUCAUUGAAAAACUUGAUAUCAAUACUUUUGCAAAAUUCCUUGAAGAUAAUAUUGUGGGUUCUGUGGUGGUCUUCUCUCUUAUUUUGUGGAUCCCACUCAGUAUUCUCGUCCAUUGUGUGGAUAAGAGACUCGACAGGCAAUACGAGGAAAACACCAAAUCGCUUUUCUAUCCAAGCAACACAGAGAUGUUGAGCAGCAUGGACUCUGCCUCUGUGCGCAUCUUGAAGCCCCCUUCCCAGUCGGCUGGCCGAUUCCAACCCUCACACACACAGCCCUUAACCACAGGGCCACCUUCUGCUUCGGUGGCACCCAAACCAGACCUGCCACGCAUGGCCACCAUCCAGGAGGACCCGAGCAGCGACUCUCACCUCGACGAGGACAUGCUUCAAGAGGACUUCCCCAACAGCGGCACGGCAGCCAAGUCCUUCGAGGACCUGACCGACAACCCCCUGACCCGCAGCGGCAAGGCUCUGUCCUUCAAACUGCAGCGGCAAGCCCGCAUCAGCAGCAAGGAGACAGAGUGCUAGCCUCGCACUCGCCAAACACCAUCUUUCUUUUAGUUUGGAGGAAGUGUACGUAUUUACUUAACUGUGUAAUGGACAUAAUGCGGGUUUUACUAUUUAAAAAAUAUGGUGAUAUAUAUAUGAAUACAUACUUUUUAAAAAAUGCAAAACAAAAUGUGUUUAAGGGAUAUAAGGUCUCCAAAAUGAUGUACACCUAUGGCCAACAGUUUUACAUCACCUCAGAUUUUAGGACUGAGACCAUAAUUAAAAAAAAAAAAAAAAAAAAAAUAUGAACAUCAUUUUUAUAUUUUAUUUAACAUCAUAUAAUCAAAGAAACUACAAAAUGUGGUGCAAAAGCCUACCGGAAGCCAUAAUAGUAGUACAGUAUUUCAUGUUUCAUGUACAGUAUUUCAUUUAGAAAUGUUACAUUUUUCAAUUUUUGUCAGUUUUUCGUUAAGUACUGUAUAUGGGGAAAACUACAAAGCGGUAUGCAAUUCAAUAUGUUAAAUGUUAGCCUUUGAGCGAGAUUCGGGGGGGCGGGAGCUGGGGCCCUUCAUUGCUGUCUAUCAUUGCCAAUUUCCUAUUUAAACCCCAAUCACACACACCUUCCCGGUCUAGUGUUUUUGCUUUUUCCUCCUCCUCCUCCUUUCGCACAUGCCUGUGCAGUGGUCUCCUCUGGGGGAUAAGUGAAUCUUACUUCCCCGACCUUACAUAGGUAAUCUAGUCAGCACCCCCAUUUCAUACUUUGUGUACUAUUUGUAUAAUGUAUUGUCAUGCUGCCUAUUAUAUUAGUGUACAUUUUGUUAUUUUUAUUAGUAGUUAAAAUACAUCUGGAGGGUCACUACAUUUCUGAGAAACAACCAAAUAAUGGUUUGAUAGAGAACCAAAAUAGAGAUACACAAAAGUAAUUAUCUUUCAUAUUACAUAUUGUUAUUAUUAACCAUUUUUAACACGUUCUAAGAAAAAAAAAUCCUUUUUUAAUAUUAGGCCAAAUGCACCCUCCAAAUAUAAUAAUCAAUGUCUGAUUUCAGAUCAUUAGUGCCUUUCUAAACUGAAAAAAGCCUCUCUCUGCUGUAUGACAAUGCGGAUGACCACUCCAAUCAGGACAUCCACAUAAUGCAUGAACAACACUUUUACUGCAGAUAAAGUCAUCUCUUAGCAUGCACUUGUACAAAAAAAUAAAAAGCAUUUCUCUGGGGUAAUGCCACAAGGAUCUUGAAGUAGCAUCGCAAAGUUCAAUCCUGUUACUGUAAUCUUCAAAUCCGAUGCUGGGGGAAAUAAACAGUUUAGGUUUGUGUUCAAAUCAGACACUGGUUUUCACAGAACUAGCUCAUGUAUUUUUAAGCAACUUUUUAAUUUGAUUUAAUUGAACUGUCAAUGACCCCUUCAGAUGAUUGCAAUGUUCUGAUACAAUCUGUGUUGAUUCUUGUACAACAUCUCACCCUUGUGCUCCGUCUUUCGGGUGAGACGUAAUUGUAAGUGACUCUGCAGCUGAUGCAUAGCUCACACACCCUAGUCUCUGUAAGUUGCCUGGGUAAAGGUGUCUGCUAAGUAAACAAAUAAUAAUAAUAAUCUUCUGCCAAUUUUAAAACUGUAUCUUUCAAUUCCUGGUUGUUUUUGUAGUAGUCUUUUUAUAUAGUUUUUUUUACUUUUUUUUUUUUUUUUAAUAAUUUAGUCGUUGCCAAUUCGUUUUUUUUAUUUUCUUCCCAAUUUGAAAUGCCCAAUUAUUUUUUAGGCUCAGCUCACCGCUACCACCCCUGCGCUGACUCGGGAGGGGUGAAGAUGAACACACGCUGUCCUCCGAAGCGUGUGCCGUCAGCCGCCCGCUUCUUUACACACUGUGAACUCACCGUGCAGCCGCCUCCGAGCUACAGCGUCGGAAGACAACGCAGCUCUGGGCAGCUUACAGACAAGCCCGCAGGCGCCCGGCCAGACUACAGGGGUCGCUGCUGUGCGGUGAGCCGAGGACACCCUGGCCGACCUAACCCUCCCUCCCCCUGGGCGACGCUCGGCCAAUUGAGCACCGCCCCCUGGGAGCUCCCGUCCAUGGUCGGCUGUGAAAUAGUCUGGACUCGAACCGGCAACGUCCAGGCUAUAGAGCGCAUCCUGCACUCUAGCGAGUGCUUUUACUGGAUGCGCCACUCGGGAGCCCCCUAUAUAGUUUUUGUUGGUCCCAAAACCCCGCUUGGUUUGAAUGAGCACUUUCUUAGAAGUUUAUACCCUGAUUUUGAAGAGGGCACAGUAAGCCAGACUUAAAUGCUGUGAAUGGCCAAGACCUAUCAAGCUGACCCACAAUUUCUAAGAAUAUCUACUCCUGUUACCUCUACCUCUACCUCUCUCUCUCUCUCUCUCUCUCUCUCUCUCUCAUAUUUGUAUGAUUGAUUGAUCAUUUAAAUGAAGAGGGUAAUCUUACGUAACACUUGAAACUGCCUCGAUGCACUUAUAGCUAUACUGUACUGUAUAAAUAUUGCUUUAAAACAACAACAACAACAACACUGUAUUUGGCGCAGGUCUUUUUUUCCUGUGUAAUUAAUAUAAAUGAUUUGUAUGAGCAAAGAAAUGUGCUCCAGUAUGCUAAUAAAUGAGCUUUGUUUUUGUAUGGA